CAGUGAUCGGGAGCCAAACCCAUUGACAGCAAACCUCGAACCUAUCAGAGAUACUACAUGUCCCGCUCUCUACCCCAUGAUGUUGGCUACGUUUCAUGGAAUAAACUCGGCACCGAAAUUAAUACAGACGUUCGAAUUCAGAAUAAUGUGACCUAAAUGCCGUUCAAGUGUUAGUAUUAUCCGAACUAUUAUUUUUCUCACUAUGUAUACUCCUAGUCGUGUGUUGUACAGCCGGUUGCUAAUGAUGUCCUUAGCUAAGUAUUGAGCUACCGACUGACCUACUUUCCCUGUUCGCAGCGGCUCAGUCCUGUUUACAAGGGACUGCCAACGGAGGUUGAGUGUUAGAGGAAAACAGACAGAGCAUAGACCUGAAAACGAUUACUCCCGAUAUCUUGUACAGUGUAUGUACCGAAUAGGGAUUGUUUCAUGAAUCGGAUUUCGAAUAAUACUUAGGCAGCGUAUGCAUGCAAUAAUUUAUGGUCUUUUCGCGAUGCGUUUGUGGUGAGUCAAGCUUAGGAUAGCUUACUUGGCUCAGUGAAUUGCCCAGUAGGCUAUGUGGGAAAAUGAGUACCGACAAAAGUAAAGUAUGGCUCUUUAUGUCAACUAAAGUCUUGUUUUCAAGGUUUUUGUAUAUCUGUGGCGGACUCCAGGAGGAGGAGGUGGGCAGCAGCAGGUGAUCACUAGAUUUUUCCUGGGAGUUUCAGUGCAGCUAGCGCGAAUGGGAUACAUCAGACUUCAGAUAGGGCCUGGCUGGGAGAGGGAGUAAGUAUGGACAACCUUUCCGACUUUGGGUCCCUAUGUCCGUCUAACCGGAGGGAAUGGGACACCAGCAGCUGUGUGGACGAUUUGAUGGAUGAAGAUGAGAAAGACAGGGCAAAAAGGGCAUCUCGUAACAAAUCAGAAAAGAAAAGAAGAGACCAAUUCAAUGUGCUCAUCAAGGAGCUGUGCACCAUGCUGCAGGGCCAAGGUCAUCCGCGCAAGAUGGACAAGUCCACCAUACUGCAGAGAACGAUCAACUUCCUGCAGACACAGAAAGAAAUCACAGCACAGACCGAGUCGUGUGAGAUACGGCAGGACUGGAAGCCUUCGUUCCUCAGUAAUGAGGAGUUCACCCAGUUGAUGCUGGAGGCUUUAGACGGUUUCCUCAUAGCACUAACUACAGAUGGAAACAUUAUAUAUGUGUCCGACAGCGUGUCUUCACUCAUUGCCCAUUUACCGUCAGAUAUGGUGGACCAAAAUAUCUUGAACUUUCUCCCUGAGCGUGAGCAUGGGGAGGUCUAUAAGCUGCUAUCAUCCCACAUGCUGAUGACUGACCCCAUCUCUGCUGACUUCCUAGACAGUAAGACACACAUUGAGUUCUGCUGUCAUUUAGCCAGAGGAAACAUCGACCCAAAGGAACCCCCUACAUAUGAGUACGUGAAAUUUGUAGGAGAUUUCAAGUUUCAUAACAAUGUGCCUACUUCCUCUUGUAACGGGUUUGAGUUGACAUUACCAAGAACCCUGCAGUCAUCACUGGAAGAGCAGGUCUGCCUUGUUGCCACUGUACGAUUAGUCACUCCGCAGUUUUUAAAGGAUUUGUGUAAUGUGGAAGAUCCCUGUGAUGAAUUCACAUCUAGACACAGCCUUGAAUGGAAGUUCCUGUUCUUAGAUCACAGAGCUUCACCAAUCAUCGGCUACUUGCCCUUUGAGGUUCUUGGGACUUCUGGCUAUGAUUACUAUCAUGUGGAUGACUUGGAGCUUAUAGCGCGGUGUCAUAAGCAAUUAAUGCAGUUUGGGAAGGGUAAAUCCUGCUACUAUCGGUUUCUGACCAAGGGUCAGCAGUGGAUCUGGUUGCAGACACACUACUACAUUACAUACCAUCAGUGGAACUCCAAGCCAGAGUUCAUAGUGUGCACUCACACAGUCGUCAGUUACGCGGAGGUGAGAGCAGAGAGGAGGAGAGAGUUUGGCUUGGAGGAGACGUCACCUGAGAUGGCCACUUCGUCCUCCAUAAAGGCUCAGGAGGUGUACCUGGACAUCUGUCCCAAUCUGGACCCUCCCGGACAGGACAGGAUGAGCGGGGCAUGCUCAGUGUCCUCCCACAGCUCCCGGAAAUCCUCCCACACGGCCCUGUCCGAUUCGGCAUCCAACACGUCUUUGCGGUUCACAGACGCUUGCACACCAUCACGACAGUCUGCAUCAGUCGCGGGGACAGAGAAGAAUUUGGCCAUACUCGUACCCAGUAGUGCAAAGCAACAACAGCAGCAGCAGCAGUCCAUGUACCAACAGCAGCCCCAAGAGCCUCAGCUAGGUGUGAUGAACCAGCUCAAGGAGCAGCUGGAGGAGAGGACACGCAUCCUGCAGAUGGACAUCAAGACUCAGCAGCAGGAGCUGCAUGACAUCAAGGAGAAGCUUCAGCUAGCUAACCUCCAGAUGUUGUUACAGCAACCCAUCCACGGUGACUUUGGCCAGGUCCAACAGCAGCAGCCUCAGCAGCAGGGUCCAGGGAGGCCGGUCCAGCAGCAUCAGCCCCAGUCUAGGGUGAUCAGGCAGGCCUCGGCCCACUCCAAACAGCCUCUCCAUGGAACCCACGACUUGUCCCCUCACUCUCUCCUCAGAGAGCACAGCACACCCUCCCCUCAGGUGCAGCAGAGAUUGAUAAGGAGUGCAGGCGGGCAGAUGCAGGCAGUCAGUCUCCCGGUGCACACCCACACCAGCCUGACCAUGCCCUUCUACAGCAACCCCAUGAUGUUCUCUCAGCAGAUGAACACACAGCCACUGCAGGACGCAAACCAAAGACACUCAGACACCGAGUUCAGUCAAGAGGGACAGUUACGCAUGCUGCUCAACCAGCCAAUGCAGACCCUCUUACCUGAUAGCAGUAUGAGCUCCCAGGCUUCCCAGUGCAACACAGCCAUCCAGCAAACCAAAUACACCCUGGAGCAGCAGAUGAUGACCCCGUCGUUCCCCAUGCAGCAGGUGAACUGCAACGCUGUCCUGGUCCCCUCCCCUGUAUUCACGUCCCCCAUCAUGAUCCCUCACAACAGCUUUAUCACGCACCAGGCCCAGCCCACCUACCACCCUCAGCAGCAGGCCAACCAUCACUCUCUACAGCUGCAGCAUCCCCAGCAGUUCUUUCAGAUGCAGCCCCAAGGACUCUUACACAGUGGACCCACUCAGGCGUUCUUCCACGCCACUACUGUCCCACAGCAAGGUACUGUGGGUUAUAUUCAACAACAACCGCAGCAGCAGCAACCACAACAACAGCAGCAACAACACCACCAUUCCCAAAACCAGACUGGCAACCUUUCAGACUUCCGAAAUAUGCUCACUCGGUAGCACCGAAACUCAAACAGAGUUGUUAGAUAUCCCCUGAAAUGUAUUGUCACAGGUUCAGUGGCAGAAUUAUAUGGGAUGCAUAGAAGAGACAGAGGCUAUUUGGCGCCGUGCUGUGCAGUGUUAUUCGCUGUUUAAGAAACCAAAGUGGCUUUGUUUCCACAGCAACAAAAAAAAUGAAAAUAUGCCUGUGGUGACCUUACUUCUGAUAAGGAGCCACCCUUUUCAGACAAAGCUGUUUUUGUACCCCAUGCUGGGGUGAACCACAGUCAGAGGCUGCUUGGACCGGUGGCGGCCCCCAAUGUGACAGCUCUCCCAGAAAUGAAAAAGGAGUCAGUGUGCUGAAGGCCUGUGCUUCACUCUCUGUCCCACUCCACAAAGCUACUGGGACCAUGCGUACACAUCAUAUGUCAUCAUGGCCCUGCUGGAUGGAGAAAACUAUGGAAGUAAUCAUCAGGAAAACAGUUCUGUGUUUUUAUGCAGAUCAUCUUUCAACAAAAAAAUAGGUUAUUGUUAGGUGAGUCUAGUUGUGCACUGACUGCACUUCUUCAUAGCAUCUGUCCUGAUGUUCAGAGAGUAAACACAAGCAGUGAACAUUUACUUCUUCAAAGUUGCAUCUUCAUUUCACAUGAAAAACAUUUGUGAGUUAUGGUUUUGUUGUGCAGUUGCAUACUUUUUUGUUAUGAAACAGCAGUUUUACAAACCUAUAAAACAACAAUAUUUUCCCCAGAAGGAAAUGUAAAGGAAGGGUUCAUUUUGAUGUUGGACAUCAGUUGUUAUUUCAUCACACAUUCAAUUCAGUCAUCCUAGAUACAGUGCAUUUGGAAAGUAUUCAGACCCCUUCCCUUUUUCCACAUUUUGUUACGUUACAGCUUUAUUCUAAAAUGAAUUAAAUCUAUUUUUUCCUCGUCAAUCUACACAUAAUACCUCAUAAUGACAUAGCAAAAACUGUUUUUUAGACAUUUUGCAAAUGUAUAUAAAAAAAAUAAAAGGAAAUGUCACAUUUACAUAAUUAUUCAGACCCUUUACUCAGUACUUUGUUGAAGCACCUUUGGCAGCGAUUACAGCCUUGAGUCUUCUUGGCUAUGACGCUACAUGCUUGGCACACCUGUAUUUGGGGAGUUUCUCCCAUUCUUCUCUGCAGAUCCUCUUAAGCUCUGUCAGGUUGAAUGAGGAGCGUCGCUGCACAGCUAUUUUCAGGUCUCUCCAGAGAUGUUCGAUCGGGUUCAAGUUCGGGCUCUGGCUGGGCCACUCAAGGACAUUCAGAGACUUGUCCCGAAGCCACUCCUGCGUUGUCUUGGCAGUGUGCUUAGGAUCGUUGUCCUGUUGGAAGGUGAAUCCUUGGCCCCAGUCUGAGGUCCUGAGCACUCUGGAGCAGGUUUUCAUCAAGGAUCUCUCUGUACUUCGCUCCGUUCAUCUUUCCCUCAUUCUUGUAUAUUCUCCCAGUCCCUGCCGCUGUAAAACAUCCCCACAGCAUGAUGCUGCCACCACCAUGCUUCACCGUAGGGAUGGUGCCAGGCUUCCCCCAGACGUAAUGCUUGGCUUUCAGGCCAAAGAGUUCAAUCUUGGUUUCAUCAGUCUAGAGAAUCUUGUUUCUCAUCGUCUGAGAGAAACUCCAAGAGGGCUGUCAUGUGCCUUUUACUGAAGAGUGGAUUCCGUCUGGCCACUCUACCAUAAAGGCCUGAUUGGUGGAGGGCUGCAGAGAUGGUUGUCCUUCUGGAAGGUUCUCCCAUCUAGACAGAGGAACUUUGGAGCUCUCUGAGUUACCAUUGGGUUCUUGGUCACCUCCCUGACCAAGGCCCUUCUACCCCGAUGGCUCAGUUUAGCCGGGCGGCCAGCUCUAGGAAGAGUCUUGGUGGUUCCAAACUUCUUCUAUUGAAGAAUGAUGGAGGCCACUGUGUUCUUGGGGACCUUCAAUGCUGCAGACAUUUCUUGGUACCCUUCCCCAGAUCUAUGCCUCGACACAAUCCUGUCUCGGAGCUCUACGGACAAUUCCUUCGACCUCAUGGCUUUGUUUUUGCUCUGACAUGCACUAUCAACUGUGGGACCUUAUAUAGACAGGUGUGUGCCUUUCCAAAUCAUGUCCAAUCAAUUGAAUUUACCACAGGUGGACUCCAAUCUAGGUUGUAGAAACAUUUCAAGGAUGAUCAAUGGAAACAGGAUGCACCUCAGCUCAAUUUGAGUCUCAUAGCAAAGGGUCUGAAUACUUAUGUAAAUAAAGUAUUUCAGUUUUAUUUAUAUAAAUUUGCAAACAUUUCUAAAAACCUGUUUUCGCUAUGUUAUUAUGGGGUAUUGUGUGUAGAUUGAUGAGGAAUUAAUUUUUAUUUAAUGCAUUUUAGAAUAAGGCUGUAACGUAAUAAAUGUGGAAAAGGUCAAGGGGUCUGAAUACUUUCCGAAUGCACUGUAUACUGUAACUGAUAUCAUUAUUAAACACUAUAGUAUGUUCACCACCCAACACUAUUAGUCCAUGUUUGAAAAAAUAUAUUGUUUAAUGACUGACAAAGCAACUGGAAACCUAUCCUCAUACAAGUAUAACCAUAUUAUGUUCACUAUAGAAUCAAAUAUUUUGACAUUUGAUUUUCUAAAACUAAAGAAAAGUACCAAUUACUAAUGCCAACAUUUUCAUUAAAUAAAUCAUAAAAAUCAGGCUUCAUAUUUUUUUAUUCACACUUUAAUGGACAGAGCAAACCUUAUUAGUAGACUACCAGGGCACGUUUGUUAAUUUACCAUAUAUUUAAAAACAAGUGUAAGCAGGCAGCCAUUAUUUUUAUGUCUUGCUGUUCUACUGUGUGCAUUUUUAUUCAGGCAUUUAAAUAUAAAACAAUACCUACUGGGCACACCACGUCAUUUUGAUGUGGAAAUGUGGGUCAUAUUUGGUUGAGACGUUGAUCAAUGAGAUUUCAACAUUUAUUCACCCACUCAAAAAGACAACCAGAAGUUAGUUGAAUUCCCAAUGUGUUAUCACUAUGCUUUCAACCAUCUCAAAGCACAACCAAAUUCCAAUGGAAAAACAAUGUCUGAUUUUUGGUUCAGUUGUCAUCUAAAUAUGUUAUCACUGCGAUUUCAACCAUUUAAAAGCACAAAAUUCAAAUGGGAAUAGAAUGUCAGAUAUUUUGUAUUUAUACAACAACUUAAUGUGUUAUCACUGUGCUUCAUCUCAUAGCACAACCCAAUGACCUGGAUUGCAGUUGAGGUUACAUUUAAAAGUACAUAGUGAAAGUGAUCAAUUCUGUUCAAGAUUCUGCACAGAUUAUUAUAGCAAUUAUUAUAGCAAUCUCUACAGACCUGCGACCUUUGCAUGCUAUUUUGAACAUGCACGCUUUCUAUGAUUACAUAAGACAUUUAGAGUUACAGUAGGCUAAUCUCAAAAUGUGGCCAUGGAUGCAUUACUCAUUUAGGUUGAAUAAUUACUGUUACAUUAGUUUGUAAAAUAGCCUUAACUUUAGGCUAUUUACUGUAUUACAAAAGUAAUAUUGAAUUGUGUUUGGUGGACAACGACCAAAUAUCAACAUUUAAAGGAUAUCUAACGCGUGGAUGGUUUCAUCUGAGCCACUGGCUUAAUCCUAUUCUUUAACUUUUAUUUUUGGUUUAGUUGGAGUCGUCAAUCCAACAUAUAAUUUGUUAAAUUGUCGACAAGUUAAUAGGCUAUUUACUCUAUUGCAAAAGUGGUGCCACUGACUUAGUCUGGCUUCAAUUCCAGUAUGUCUACAAAUGAAUAAUGAAUAUGUUGGAUUCACAUCUCCAUCUCAACCAAGACGCAAAACUGUAUUUUAGGUGCAUUUAAAGUUUUUGAUUUGAUUUAGUCCCAUUCUUUAACUUACAUUUUUGGUUGAGAUGGAGACGUGAAUCCAACAUAUUAAUGAUUAACAUGAAGAUUACAUUUUAAAUCAACCAAACUUGAAACCCUAGGCCUAUAUGUAUUGUCUAUAUUUUGUUGAACCUUGGGUUGAAUUGAAACAAUAGCUGUUGAUGAGUUUUUAAAUGAUAUAUAUGCUUAACUAGUAUCAUUGAUGAUAUACUGUAUGACUUAUAAAGUAUGGUUACAUUUAAUUUGCUCUGUUAAACCUACCCAUUGGAAUGACUUCGAUAGCAACAGUGAAUAUAUUUAGUAAUUAAGAGGUCUCAAUAAUCAUUCUCACGAUAGCACAUUGGUAGUAGUCAGUGACAAAUAUCAAAGCUGGGCUUGGUUAAAACCCUGCAUGGGAGACCAAAUGAAUAGCUCCAGUAGGAGUUGCUGCCCAGCCUAUUUUUUAUAUUUUUUUUUAUAGUGGAUAUAACGUUGAAGAUCUGAUGUUGUGUCAAAGGUACAUGUUCGACAUUUUAUACAAGGUUUCUAUGUUGAAAAUUGCUUACAAUGAUGACAUAAUCCUGUGGUUGGAAUUUCAGCCUCUGAACAACAGUUUGAUGACUUUUUGACGUUUUACAAAUCCAAUGUUAUUUCCAUGUAGAGUCCACAUCACAAUACGUUGACAAAUUACAUUGAAACAACGUUGAUUCAACCAGUUUGUGCCCAGUGGGUAGGGUCCUAAUGCCUUAAAUGGCUCACAACCAUAAUCUACUAACCAAAGACUAUUUUACUUAUUGUUUUGUAUCAAAUAUAACAGAUGCUGCAAUGAUUAAGAAGAUGUCACUAAUAUAUUGUAAUUGUCAUACAUUGAUUAUGUAUGCUUUCGUAACGCAAUUUUCUUCUCAGGUUAUAUGUGGAAAUAACCACACAUUAUUAAUAAUUACACAUUUAUUCUCAGUAUUACGUUAACAACUUGUCAUAAUUUUCUGGUUACAUGGUUUAUAUUUGCUAGUCAGUUAAUAUAUAUAUAUAUUUUUUUGGUAGCAGGGAGUCUAUUAGUGGAUUUAUCCAUGUAUGAGUUAUUAUUUCCAUACACUCUGGUGAUUUCAGGAAAACUGUGUAAUAACAAAAUACUAACCAGAGAUAAAUUACCUGCUAAUAUAAAUGACAAUCAAAUAAUACUACAUAUUUCUUAUUAUUUUCUUUAAAGUUACAUUAGCUAAAUAACUACAUCAUUAGGUAUCUGAUUUGAGUUCCCCCACGUUCAUUAGAUAUUGUAAUAUUUGAAUGGGAAAGUCCUUCUGUGAAACAUCCGUCAAACAAACAGACCUACUGUAUGUAUGCCUCAAAAUUCCUUUACUCUACAUGAUUAAGUCAAUAGCCAUAACAAAAUGUAACAACAUAUUGGAAUUCAAUCAAACUAAAUGUGCCCUUUGACAUGAAGUGAAGGUUGAAAUGCAUUGUGGACUAAUAAGAAUCUUUAAUUGUACAAUGUUUAUGACAAUCCUAGCAAUCUCUGCUGUGUACAUUGAGUCACUAUCACUUCAUCUGUCACAGUCACUCUCAUGAAGACUGGUGCUGUUCAUUUAGGUUGAAGAGAUGCUUAAAGAAAGUUGUAGAAUGCUUAAAGUAUGUGCUGUUUUACCCUUUUACUAUGUGCAAUGUCAAUUUUUAAAAUAAAAGUUUCUAGGCAGGUAUGUACUCAUGUAAAAUAGAGAUAUAGUUGUAUACUAUAAACCAAUGUACUAUGUGAAUGAAAUGGAAAUAUUUUUGUAUUAAAAUAUCUUUAACAUUCCUUCAACCAUAAAUAUAAGCAGUAUCUUUACUGAGGUUCAGCUUGUAUCUGCUAAAGACUUUGUUAGAAUGACUAAUCCACACUAAAGACUCAGGUCAACUGGUCUGAGAAUGAUGCUGGCAUGAGGGAAAAGGGAGCCAUUCUAUUUUUCAGUAGAACUUGUGUUGGCCUCUUGCUGGGGUCAGCGCAACGUAAACAUUGUUUUAAGUGAUAUGAGCAACACAUUGUUUCAACAUCAUUACUGUGUCAGUUUGUUAUUACUCUAAAGACACAACAUUGACUCUAUUCAAGACCUACAUGCAGAUUUGUUUAGACAACUGUCCUGUUAAUGCUGCAUCGUUUUAAAAUACUGUUUGUUGAUUGUCAGCAAAAUGACUCCCUAGGUUGGCCUCCACUCAACCUUAUCAUAAAAAAAACUGUUGUUGGUUCAGUGUGCUCAAUGUCCAAUCAUAAGGUAAACUGCCUUUUGAAGCUGGUUGAAGGAACAUGUAGUGUAUGUUUAAUUAUCAAGCUCAUAGAAUAACAGUAAACCAUGUUCUCACAAGUGUCCAGUGUACUCUCUAGCUAACCAUCGUAUGUAAAGAAUUUGCAUUAGUUGCCCCCAUUUGAAACCAGAGACAGUUAUUAAUUUCCAUUAACCCAGUGCCACAGAUGAUUUCCUACAUUUAAGGUCAUGCUGAGAGUCAUUGUGUGUUUGCUGUGUAUUGCUUCAGUUUAUACAAAUGUUCAUGUUUAUUGGUAUGUGUUUCUUCAUUGUGAUUGCUGCGCUAGAUCAAAUGGUACUGACUCUUUCUAUGGUUCUGUUUAAUCUGUCUCCCCCAGCAGUAGAUUAUGCACUUUUUGUUUCACCGUUUCAGACUAUAUUUUUAUGUUCAUGAAUUCUUCAUCAAUUGUCAUUCUUUUUUUAGAGGCAUCAUGUUACUUUGACUUUUGCAUUUGUGACCUUUAGAGUGAACUGUGCAUCAUUGCAGUAUAUGGGGUGGAAGGUCUAUCAAUGCAUACUGUAAAACAUUUGCCAGGAAAAAGUAAGACAAACAAAAACAGAACCUGGUACAUAUUAGCCAUUGCAUUGCAGAAAACUAAUUGAGAAUAUUGUAUUAUAGAAUGUACAAAACAUGUUGGGAUUAUAUAGUUGUUUAUUUUAUGAGAUGUCAAAUAGAUUGAAUAUAUGUUACAUGAUUUUAAAGUAAAACAAACAGAAGUAUUUUGUAACAGAUUAUUGAAGUGUCUUAUUUGGGGAGGUGAGGUUAUUAUUUUCUUCAGUUCAGCAAGCUGGUGUUAUGGUGUUUCACAGUCUAUUGUAUGGCUUGUUUUUUUCUGUCUGUAUAUACCAUCAAAAAUAAGCUUUAACAUAUUGUUACUAUUGUUUUAAAAUAAAUUAAUAAAACGUUUACAUUCUGAAA